AUGGAUAUGUUGAAGUGGAUGUGUGGUAAUACUAUGAUGGAUAGAAUAAGAAAUCAGGAGUUCAGGGAAAAGUUAGGGAUUGCACCUCUCUCUGCAAAGAUGAGGAAGAACAGAUUGAGAUGGUUUGGACAUGUGCAGAGAAAGAUCCAUAACACCCCAAUAAGAAGGAUCGAACGCAUCAUAGUGGAGGGCAAGAGAAGUCGAGGAAGAGUUAGAAGAACGUGGGAGGAACAGAUUAAAAGUGACCUGUACGAACUCCACCUCUCUAAAGACGUGACCAGGGAUAGGGGCAAUUGGCGGCGUCUUAUCCACGUCUUAGAUUACUAA